CCUCGGGCACCCGGAGGGUGCUCGCAGCGGACCCCCAUUGAUCAUCCCAUGGGAUCGCCCCGGUGCGCCCAGACGGAGCCUGGGCGUGCGCCCCGAGCACGGCGUGGUCAGACACCAGCGCGGGUUAUCCCAGGGAUGCGCCAUCCCUGGGAGCGCCCGAUUCCAGGCUGGACGAGGCUUGGAGCGACCGGGUCUAUGGGGAAGGUGUCCCUGCCCGUGGCAGGGGGUGGAACGGGGUGAUCCUUACGGUCCCUUCCAACCCAAACCUUUGCAUUGUCUGUGCAAAACCCACACCCAGGGUCUGUCUGUCCUGCGGGGUUUGUUGUUGUUGUUGCUGUUGUUGUUGUUGUGACAGCUGCUGUCAGCAGCGUGGAUUUUGCAGUGUUACCCCGUUAUUCUCACUCGUUAAGGGCAGGGGGUCUGAACCGCGAGUGAAGCCCGGUUGCCUCGCCCGCAGACGCGCUCGCUAAAAAAACUACCAAACCACGGCAGGAAAUUUCUUUUGAGCACGUAAGGAAACCAAACUGGCAUAAUUCACCGGGUUUUAUAGCUUGAUCCUCAGCUGAGGCUUUCUGUAAUACCCUGCUCUGCGUCAGAGGAACUGCCUUGGGAGGGACCGAUACGCAAGAACAACUUGCUGUUAAGGAAACUUCCAUGCAGGCACAGCCGAGUGCGAGAGGGAGAUAAAGGGAGAAAUAAUGUCACGUUACCGAGGGCACGCUGGCAUUCCAGCAAAAGGGGUUAUGUAUGAGAAGAAUAUUGUACAAAUCAUCUGUCUGAAAAGCCCAGCCUGACUUAAAAUCCCCUCCGCCAUUGUUCUUUAAUGAAAAUACUUGUUUUAAAGGUACCUUUCAAUGUAGCUCGCAGCACCUGGUGCCUGUGCUGCUCCCUCGUCCUUCCCUGAGCGAGCCUUUUGACGUGUUUCCAAGGAAAGUAAGAAUAAUGAGCCCGGUACCCUGUGUUUCAUUUUUUAAAACCGUUUUAAAAUACAGGUUUUUCAUCCCUCAAAGGAAGGUUUCUGUUCUCCGCGGCAGUGCCCAGGCUUCUGCCUCCCCAGCUGUGAUGUGUGUUAAGACAAAAAGGGAAGCGUGCUCGGUGCCAGUGGCAGGAAGUGCCUGGAGUCCUCCUGCACCCAGAUGCCAGGGAUACUCAUCCUGCCACCACUGAGGAUCAGAUCCCAGCUUGGUGCUUGCAGAUUCUGCCACACCACUGAGUCCCUCCCUGAAAUAUGGGCUCUGAAGGGACGCAGCUGAUAAUUUUAAAUGACUUUUUUUUCCCUUCUCUGUAUGAACAUAAAGAAAUUUUGUUUGUUGCAGUUGUUUUCUUGCACGUGAGAAAGUGGUAAACUGAAAUACACUGGAGCUUUCCCGAGGAGGAGGAAGGAGGCAAACCCAGCAGGGAAGCAAGAAUGCUGUGUGCAUUGAGCCAUUACUCAGAAAAAGCUGUCUGUUCACAUCCCUCUGCCACCCUCUCUUCAUUUCAAAGACUAACUACUUCCUUCUCCUCCUCUCCCCUAGAAAAAAGGUUUUCUUCCCUAUUUUUUAGUGGCAAGGCAAUGCAAUAGCAAAGGUAUUGAAACCCAGUCUACUGAAUAAUAACUUAAUGAUGUGAGCCCUGUUCUGUUCCUUUUGAAUGGAUGGCUGCUUUGGCAGGAGAGCUGCUGGGAUCUGCUCCCUGCUGGGAGGGAUGGGAGGGUGGAGAAACCUGGAUUGAAGCUGAACAGCAACCAGAGUGGUGUAAAACUGAACCGGGAGACAGGAAUGAGGUCAACGCUGCAAGACUGUGAAAUGAGGAGAAAUUAUAUGCAGUUAAGCUGAGUUCAGGGACUGACUGGUAGUACGUUCGGAGUUUGGAUGUUUGGAGUCGUCUUUUAAAUCCAUUACUGCUCUUAUCUGUCCAAGAAUUGGAGCACCUUGGAAUAGAUGUGAGCACAAGACACGGCGCCGGCUGAAGCUGCCCGGGAACACCAUGGCUGCCGCCCCGCAUCUCAACUCGGAUGCGCUCCGAGAGGUCCUGGAGUGCCCCAUUUGCAUGGAGUCCUUCACUGAGGAGCACCUGAGGCCCAAGCUCCUGCACUGCGGGCACACCAUCUGCAAACAGUGCCUGGAGAAGCUCCUGGCAAACAGCAUUAACGGGAUACGGUGCCCGUUCUGCAGCAAGAUCACGCGGAUCACGAGCCUGGCUCAGCUGACUGACAACCUCACUGUGCUCAAGAUCAUCGACACCGCUGGACUGGGGGAAGUGGUGGGGCUCCUCAUGUGCAAGGUCUGCGGGAGAAGGUUGCCGAGGCACUUUUGCAAGAGCUGCAGCUUGGUUUUAUGUGAGCCCUGCAAGGAGGCUUCACACCUGCCCCAAGGGCACAGAGUCAUUGCUAUCAAAGAGGCUGCUGAAGAGCGUAGGAGGGAAUUUGGGACGAGGCUUGCCAGGCUAAGGGAGCUCAUGGGUGAUCUCCAGAAAAGAAAAGCUGCUCUGGAGGGUGUUUCUAGAGACCUGCAAUCCAGGUACAAAGCAGUUCUGCAGGAGUACAGCAAAGAAGAGCGCAAGAUCCAGGAGGAACUGGCCAGGUCACGCAAGUUCUUCACCACCUCUUUGUCUGAAGUGGAGAAGGUAAAUAACCAGGUAAUGGAGGAGCAAGCCUACCUGCUGAACUUAGCAGAGGUGCAGAUAAUGUCCCGCUGUGACUAUUUCCUUGCCAAAAUAAAGCAGGGGGAUAUAGCUCUCCUGGAGGAGGCGGCAGACGAGGAGGAACCAGAACUGACAAACAGUCUCCCAAGGGAGCUGACUCUGCAAGAGGUGGAACUCCUGAAGGUGAGCCACGUGGGACCACUGCAGAUCGGGCAGGUGGUGAAGAAACCUCGGUCUGUUAACGUGGAGGAGUCGCUCCCAGAAACUGCAGCAUCCUCGUCGGUGUCAUUUAGGGAGCCUGACCUGGUGCAGGAAGAGCCCAGCUGCACACCCCAUUCCUCACCAGCCAAGCCAAGGAUUCCUGAAGCAGCCACGAGCAUCCAGCAGUGUCACUUCAUCAAGAAGAUGGGCUCCAAGGGCAGCCUGCCAGGGAUGUUCAACCUCCCUGUCAGCCUGCACGUCACCACGCAAGGCGAGGUGCUCGUGGCAGACCGGGGCAACUUCCGAAUCCAGGUUUUUACCCGCAAGGGUUUUCUGAAGGAAAUCCGCCGGAGCCCCAGCGGGAUCGACAGCUUCGUGCUGAGUUUCCUCGGAGCAGACUUGCCCAAUUUGACUCCCCUUUCUGUCACCAUGAACUGCCACGGCCUCAUCGGGGUGACAGACAGCUAUGAUAACUCUGUCAAGGUGUACACCAUGGACGGGCACUGCGUGGCCUGUCACCGGAGCCAGCUGAGCAAGCCCUGGGGCAUCGCCGCGCUGCCCUCGGGGCAGUUCGUGGUCACCGACGUGGAAGGGGGGAAGCUCUGGUGCUUCACGGUGGACCGUGGCGUGGGGGUGGUGAAGUACAGCUGCUUGUGUAGCGCGGUGCGCCCCAAGUUCGUCACCUGCGACGCCGAAGGGACCAUUUACUUCACUCAGGGGCUGGGGCUCAACCUGGAGAACCGGCAGUACGAGCACCAUCUAGAAGGAGGCUUUUCCAUCGGCUCCGUCGGCCCCGACGGGCAGCUGGGGCGGCAGAUCAGCCACUUCUUCUCGGAGAAUGAGGAUUUCAGGUGCAUUGCUGGGAUGUGUGUCGAUGCCAGGGGAGACCUCAUUGUUGCUGACAGCAGCCGUAAAGAAAUCCUGCAUUUCCCUAAGGGAGGUGGCUACAACAUCCUGAUCCGGGAAGGACUCACCUGCCCGGUCGGUAUUGCCAUCACUCCCAAAGGGCAGCUCCUGGUGCUGGACUGUUGGGAUCAUUGCAUUAAGAUCUACAGUUACCACCUGAGAAGAUACUCCACCCCUUAAAGGCAUGGCUGUAAGCAAAGCCUCUCCUGGCAGCAGACAUUCUUCCAGCCUCCCUGCAAUCCAACAGGAACAAGUGUCCAGCCUUCAGGAAGACUCUGCCAUAACCGAAGGGGAUCUGGCAUAGAGGCCAUCAUGUUUUGUGUUUAGAAACAAAAUAGCUGUUGUGGUGGUGGUGGUCUGCUUUUUCUUCUUCCUUUUUUAUAUAAAAUCCAUACAAAUAAGAACGAGCGCAAGGGAAGGGAUCCAUCCCUUGGAGAAUUGGUUCCUUGCUAAGUGACUGGUCACUCCAUAAACCUUCUCACCUCCUUAUGCCACAUCUCCUGCACCCCCAGCUUUUAACCAGUGUCUUUCUUUGUGCCAUAAAAGCUGAGUGACUGCUCUAAAUCACCUUCCCUUACAGAACUAGCGAGGCAAUCCUCCUCUCUCUCUGUGGUACUCGCAAGGAACUGGGUAGCAGUUGUCUGGGCAACUCCUAGAGAGAGCAAUUUGGGAUUGCAUAAAACGAAAUAGCCCUCAUCAACCACGCGGAGAUGGAGCUUUACUCCCACCCUGACAAGGGACAGUUGUCUCUCUCCCAUUUUUCUGGUGUUCAGGAGAUCACCCCGUCGUGCCAUUUGUGAGCUGAGUCUGUUCCAUGUGUAGUGAGUACUGUGCAAUCGUGGGAGACCAAGCUGAGGCAGAAAAUUGCCCUCUUUAUUACUGAGUAGUAAGAAAAGAGGGGUUUUAUUACUACUCAGAGUCCUGCUACGUAGAAGGGGGUAAAAAGGGAGGGGGCUGAAGGAAAAAAAAACCUGAGGGGAAACCUAGGGUUGCUAUUUACUGCUGUUUUAUUAUUAAAUGUAUCCUGGAAACUGUCUUUGGAAGGUGUACCUGGUAUCUAAAAUUUCAUGGGGAGAGGGGAAGGGCUGGGGGAAUGAGACUGGGAGAUUGUAGAAAAUGAGAUUAAAUGCAACACACUGUAUGUUCACCUGCACUUCACUACUCUGCAUUCCAGACCAUUGCAUUUAGCAAUAGGUUUCCACUCAUCUGCACCUCCUAUGAGCAAGUUACUCACUGCUGAGAUAGGGAUGGGGAGGGGGGGACUAUUUCACUUCUAUUUUUUCAUACUUGGAAGCACAUCCAUUGAUGCACUGCCUUUUUUUUCCCUUGCACAGCAAAACACUACAUUCCUCAGAUUUUUUUUUUUAGAUUUUUUUUUUUUUAUACAGCACCAGCAGGCACCAGAGUUGCUGUUCAUCACGGCUUUGGGCCAAAUGAAGCACAAAACUGCAGCUGUGUGAACCAAGGCCCCCACAGUGCUACUCUCCUGGCUGAUAAAUGUGUACCUCAGUGUGGUGCUGCUCGCCCAGAAUAGUUUAUUGAAGGAAAGAUGCAUUUAAAUAGGGCACAGUGGUAGCAUGUUAAUCUGCCACAGAUAAUAGUUACACUGCAGUGCAUUUAUUUGUUGCUAUCAACAACGUAGUUGCAAAUUUGGGGCCACGACAGACAAUAUAAAAGCUGAUUUUAUGGUGGCUGCCGUCCUCCAGCAAAUUGUUUGCUACUUGUCCUACAAUGUUUGCAACAGGUGAAUUUUUUUUUAAGCUCCCAUAUACUCUCCCCUAAUGAAACAGCAAAGUGAAACAGGCUUUCUGAGCUGCUGCUGCUCCAGAUGGGUGUUUGGCAGUUACAGGGUUUGCAGAAGAAGUGCUGGGAGCAGAUUUUGGUGGGAUUUUCGGGGUUUUUUUCCUCUUCCUGUUGUGCUCAGGCAGAGCACUGAAGGGGCCAGAACACAAACACAGCUGUGUGAUGGAGCUGCCCCUCCAAUCAGGGCAACUUCUGAUUCCUCUUGCUAUAAUGCACUACAAAAAGCUUGUGGAGAAGGGAGCUGAGGCAGGAGGUGGUAAAUGGUGCUGAGGGAGCCCCGGGGACUGAACCCUCCUCCCUUCCUGAGCUGCUCCCUGUGUUUGCCAAGGCUGCCAACUUGCACAUCACUAUUUACACGCUCUGCUUCUCUUUUUUUGGGUGGGAAGGGGGCAUGUGACAGCAAUCUGGGGAGCCUUUCCCACCUUGCAUGUGUGUUUUGGGGAGAUGAGGACGAUUACUGGGCCGUGCUGCAGUUAAUGACAUUGUAACUGGAGGCAUUUUUCCAGUAUUAUUGCAAUGGCAGUUCCUCUCCUUCUGAUGUCUUUUAAACAUUUCUCCUGCUUCCAAGAACUGCUCCAAGCAGGAAGCUACCGUGGACCUGAAUAACUGAAGCAAUAUUAUCUGUGAUAAUAUGUACCUCUGUCAUUUUCUGUUCCCAUGGAUAUUUUUUUUUUUGAAAUAAACAGCACACUGUACUAGCAAUAACAUUUCCUGGAGUGCUUGAAGGGACAUAAAAAGCUGGUCUAGCAAACUGAGCAGUUGGUUACCCCAGCCUGUUCCUGGUUACAAAGUUCAAACAAAACGUCUGUCAUCUGUUUCUCACUCGGAGAAUUAAGGAAAAUAACACUACCCUGUGAUGCACUGGUGGGCCAGGACACUGCUAUCAGUGCCUGGGGCUGUGUCUUGCCUGCAGCUCUUCUGAUCUGGGCUUUCAGGCAGAAAAGGGAAAAAGGAAACCUGCUGUCCCUGCCCAGGGUCUGCAUGUCCCCUGACAAAACUCUCAACAGUGACUGUGAGAUGAUUUUGCAGAGCUCUGUUUUUUUGCUGUCGUGCCCCCACACGGUGUUGUGAUCGUCUGCCAAACAAGGAGUAAUUAAGGAUUGUGUUGAAAUAGUUGGCUCCUGUACCUGGAGAAAGAGCUUGUCUGGUCAUACGUAUGUGUUUGGUUUUUAAAGAUUGUGUAAUAAAGGAAAAAUUGAUCCAAUUAAAA